AGAAUCAUGGUGUCAUGGAAAGGCAUCUACUUUAUACUCACACUGUUUUGUGGGAGCUUUUUUGGAAGCAUUUUCAUGCUGGGUCCCUUUUUACCUUUGAUGUUUGUAAACCAGUCUUGGUAUCGUUGGAUCAACAACCGCCUUGUGGCUACCUGGCUCACGCUACCUGUGGCAUUGUUGGAGACCAUGUUUGGUGUAAAAGUGAUUAUAACUGGUGAUGCAUUUGUUCCUGGAGAGAGAAGUGUCAUUAUCAUGAACCAUCGGACAAGAGUGGACUGGAUGUUCCUGUGGAAUUGUCUGAUGAGAUAUAGCUACCUCAGAUUGGAGAAAAUUUGCCUCAAAGCCAGUCUCAAAAGCGUUCCUGGAUUUGGUUGGGCCAUGCAGGCUGCUGCCUAUAUCUUCAUAAAUAGGAAAUGGAAGGAUGACAAGAGCCAUUUUGAAGACAUGAUUGAUUAUUUUUGUGAUAUCCGUGAACCACUUCAACUCCUCAUAUUCCCAGAAGGGACUGAUCUCACAGAAAACAGCAAGGCUCGAAGUAAUGAUUUUGCUGAAAAGAAUGGACUUCAGAAAUACGAGUAUGUCAUACAUCCGAGAACUACAGGCUUUACUUUUGUGGUAGACCGUCUAAGAGAAGGUAAGCGCCCAUCUCAAAAUCGGAAAGACUUGUUGGAUCAGCCCCUGACAGACGCCAAAGCCACCUGGUUUACAGAUGGCAGCAGCUUCCUGGAAGAAGGAAUAAGAAAGGCAGGGGCUGCUAUAGUGGAUGAUAGCCAACACCUGAUAUGGGCUCAGGCCCUACCUGCAGGAACGUCCGCCCAGAAGGCAGAAUUCAUCGCCCUCACAAAAGCCCUUGAACUAGGAGAGGGCAAAGAAUCAACAUCUAUAUGGACAGCAGGUGUGCCUUUGCCACAGCCCAUGUGCACGGUGCUAUAUAUCAACAACGGGGUCUGCUGA